UACCCUUUCACUACUGAUAUUAAAUUCAAAUUGAACGGACAAAAAUCUCGAAAGUCCCGAAACGUAUAAUUAAAAUUUACCAAGUAGAUAUUUGAGAAUUUAGAAAAUUCGUGUUAAACUGAAACAAUGAGUUCGGAUGAAAAUAAGGUGGAGGCUGCCUUCCAGACCAUGGUGGAGGAGAGCGUCAAGACCAACUUUGAGAAGAACGGAAUCAUGGCCAGUCUCAGAUGCGAAAUGCACGUAAAGGUCCUGCAAAUGAUGCGAGGACAGCUGGAUAUGCCCAAGUCAGAACCUCUGAUGGGGAUCAGCUCAUCCAAUCGCUCUACUGGUCGCUCUACCGAUCGCGCUCUGAUCAAGUUAAUUAAUCAGCUCGUCAUGGAGUUCUUCAGUUGGUUCGGCUACCGUCACACCCUGGAGACCUUUCGCAUGGAAACUGGCGACCAAAUAUCCUUACGAAGUGAAUUAGAGAAGCAGCUCUCUAUUAGUCCCGAGUCCCCGGAUAUGCCCCUUCUGGCCCAACUAAUAAUGAGCGUCUGGAAUCAGAGUGAAGACCGGCCGAUUCCAAAGAGAGUGGUGCAUCUUCCAAAUCCCGAUCUUCCCAAUCCCAAGGCUCAACCACAGCCCCAGCCCCAGCCUCAGCGCACCCGUAAGAUAAAAGAUGAACCGGAAAUUCCGCCAAGUACUUCCGGUGCGGUCAUAAAGCAGAAAAAACUAGUUCAGCACAAUCAGACUCUGAUUUUAAACGAUCCUCUAAGGAAGCCCAUCAUGGUCAAGUCAACGAAGAAGCAACUUCCACGUUCCGUCAACAAACCUGAGCGAACAGAAUGUACGGAGAGCUCCGAGUCGGAAUUGGAUUCGUAUUACAGCGAGGAUUCGGAGGACAGUGAUGCCUACGCCGAUAUUCCUGACAGGCAGUUCUACAUUGAGGAACUCCCACCAGAAAGCAAGUACAAUCCUGGCCAUGGCGAAGAAGGUCCUUACGAGGAGAAGCAAAGCUUUGCCGAAAACCUCUUCCAGCGAUAUCAGCGGGAAAUGAAUCAGCGGGACGAUGAGCCCAGUACAUCGAGAAAGGCAUACCAGAAAUGUUUCAAUGGAAAGCGUAAAGCCAAGUCCACUGAGUCUGAAAACAGUUCGCAGAUGAGCGUCAAGGAGGCCUUGGAGUUGCAGCUUAACACUUCUCGAGGGAAAGCAUCAACCUCCCAACCCCAUUCCACUAGAAAAGCCAGAGGUACUCUUUGGGCAAAAAGCCAUCAGGACAUUGGAGACGAAGCUCUCCUGGCUGUCACGAAGCCCCAAUGUCCUGAAACACAUAUUGGGAGUGUGGAUAUGAAUAGCGAUGAAAAUAGCGAAGGGGCGGACGAAGAGGAAGAGGUCAGCGAUUAAUUAAAAAGGCACUGAAGACUCCGUCUA